UUGCUUUCGUUGCUUUGGUUUCUAUCUUGUGGCAAAGAGGGCCAAUUACACGAAUUUAACGAAGAUACUGGAUAAGAAAUGGAUCAGAAUCGAAAGGGCUCUGGGAGUUUUUUUUUUUUUAGGUGUUUGUUGACGCAAAUAUCUGGGAAAGAUAAGUUGUGUUUUGUGUGUACUCUUUAUGUUCUGUGUAGCCUGCCCUUGUUUGGAGAAGAAAGUAAUCAUGAUAAAACGCACACCAAGUAGAAACCACAGGUCCAAAGGCAUCAAGUUAAAGAAUGUUCUGCAAAUUAUUCUGCUGCUUGGUGUUUGUUUCUGGUUGAUCUACCAGAUUAAGCACUCUCAUGAUAAGAAGAAGGAAUUUGAUGAAAAUGAUGCAAAGGAGGCUGUCAGAAUGCAGAAUGCUGAUCAGAUUCCAAAACUUGGUAGAAAAGAUCUUCAACCUCUUAAAGAUGAUAUAAUUCAAUCUGAACAGCAUGACGAAAAAGAGGAAGAUGAAAAUAAUUUAGAUGAUGAAGGAAAUUUGCAUGAACAUGAAGAACAAGAAGGAGGAGGCAGCAAGCAUGAAUCGGGAGAAAAUCUAGACAAGCAUGAAUUUAGAGAACGAGAUGAAGAAGAAGAAAGCAAGCAUGGAGCAGAAGAACGAGAUGAGGAAGAAAACAAGAGUGAAGAAUCAGAGGAUGAUGGAAGAGGAGGAGGGGAUGAGGAGAUAGAAGAAAAUGAUCAAGAAAAACCAGAAGUGGAUAUCGACCGUGAUGAAGAGUUGAUGGAUGAGGAUAGAGAGAGAGAGAAAGAAGAGAGUGAUGAGAAGGAGAAUGAAGAUGGUGAGGAUGAGGAAAAGGACAGUUCAGUUGAAGACAAAAGCACACAUGAGGCAAGGGAGGAACAUUACAUGGCGGAUGAUGCUUCCAGUGCUGUAGCUCAUGAUGCCCUGACUACUAGCACUGAAUCUGUGAUUCUAAGUGCAGAAAACUCCAAUGAAAACUCUGAAAUGAGUAUUGUGAAACAGGAGAAUAAGCCUAAUUAUACAGAGGUAAGCGGUGUGAAUCAAAAUGAUUCAGGUAAGAUUACGGCAGAUGAAAUGGAGAGUGGGAAUGUGUCGAAUGCCACUGGUAAAGAAAGUGGGGACACCAUUUUGUCCAACUCAGUCAGUAACCCAAAUGUAAAUACCACUGCCACAGCAAACUCUGAUGGUCAUCUAGAAGUAAGCAGUAACCACUCUGUUGCGAUCACUGAGGCUAUCAACAACUCAACUGGAGACGGUAUCAACACAGCAGGUUCUUCUGAACAGAAUAAAACGGUGAUAUUAUCUGAAUCUGAAAGUUCUCAAAAUACGACAGUGGAUAUGACAGCCAACGAUGGCAUCAAAAAUGGGAAAACAGAGGAAUUAGAGCAGAGUCAUGGAGACAGGGAAGAUAACCUGCCAAUUACUAAUUCCACAAUCUCCAUGAAAACUGGAAAUGCAGGGGAAUCUUCUAAUUCUGGAGCGGGUCAAUCAGACAAGACAAUAAAUCAUGUUGCAUCAAAUGAAACUCAGAACAACUCUGUAAAUUCUGAUGCAAAGGAAAAUAUCGAUGCCUCUGUGGAUGAGAUGUCGAAGGUUCAAUCUGAAAUGGCUGCAACAAAUGUAACUCAGAAUAGUUCAGAUGCUGAGGAGAACAAUGAUGCCAGGAAGGAUGAGAAGUCCAUGGAUGAUCCCCAGUUGGAUUCAACUCAUAGAACCUCAGAUUCUUCCUCUGUGAAUGGCGGAGAUUCAGAUUUAGUUGAACAAGAUGCCAUUGAUGUUUCUGAUUCUCAUAUCCACAAGGACGUGACAGAAGUUCAAACUGACCUGGAUACAUUGCCAGAUAUUAGAGACGAUGAGGCGAAUAUUCUUGAUGAACAUGCAUUGCCAGAUAUUAGAAACGCGGGAAAUAUUCUUGAUGAAACUGCGGCAGAAUAGCAUUUAUUUAAAAGAUGGCCAUUGGAUUCAUGGGAAAGCUUUCCUCAGUUUUUCUUUAUCCCUCCUUCUGACCUUUGUUUUCUGUACGUCACACUGUUUUCACUUUUAGAUCUUUUUGUUUGACCCGAGAUGUGCUACUAGAAGCUACCAAAGGUACAAAUGUAGCUUAGUGGGUUUUAGUGUGAAUGUUUUGAUCUGUAUAAUUAAUUUCGACUUUCCACCAUGGACACAAUUUUAGUUUACUCUUAUAAAUUCCUACUGUAGUUUUUGCUCCA